AUCCUUUCAGGAGGGACUCGACAAUUCUUUGAUGUUACAAGUUGCAACUUGCAAGCAACAUGUCUAUCACCGUCUCAAGAAUUGGACAGACGCACUCGACCCUCAAGACAACCUAGAAUCAUCAUGCUCCAAGUAGUCUCAGUCCCACCCAUCCCACUAUUUCACGCUGACGAUGUCAAGGCAGAGUUCAGCAAGACUCGACACCACCCGGACGUCCAGGACGAUCUCGAUUCUGAUAUGAACGUCGACGACGAGUACGGCACCGGUCUGGGCGUCGGUAGCAGUUCCCGAGCUGGGAAGAAUAUUACAUCACCAGGAGAGGUUGUGACCAGUGCCAAGGAGUUCAUGAGGGGACACGGGACAUAUACCGAAGGGGACAACGUAUUGUCUACGGUAGCGGGGACGAUCGAGCGGGUCAACAAGCUCGUCUCCGUACGAUCAGUCAGGCAGCGAUACAACCCGGAGAAGGGUGACCUAGUCAUCGGUCGAGUGAUCGAGGUCGUCCAGCAACGAUGGAAGGUCGAUACCAACGCUCGGCAGGAUGCCAUCCUCGCGCUGAGUUCGGUGAACCUUCCCGGAGGAGUACAGCGAAGAAAAGUAGAGACGGAUGCUCUGAAGAUGAGAGAAUUUCUGGCAGAAGGCGAUCUGCUAGUGGCUGAGGUACAGUCAGUCGAGAACGCUCCGCAGCUGCAUACUCGAUCAUUGCGAUACGGCAAGUUGCGUAACGGCCUACUCCUGACCGUACCGCCGUCCCUCAUCCGACGUUUGAAAUCCCAUUUCCACACUUUGCCACCACCGUGUGGACCUUUGGGAGUCGAUGUUAUCAUGGGUGUUAACGGUUACAUCUGGGUCAGCGUCAGCGUAGGGGAGAGAAACAACGCCGCAGUCGAAGGGUUCGUGGAUGCGGAAGGAGUCUACUCGGACGUCAACGAUGACAUCUCUCAAUCAUCCCGGCUAGCGAUAUCUCAAGUGGCCAACCUGAUCAUGCUCUUCGCAAGAUAUUCGAUCCCCCUGAGCGACACAUUAUUGUCCGACGCAUACGCAUGGUGUAGAGACAACGGUCUUACCAAGUCGGGUCAGAUGAAUGACAAGGAAAUGGAAAAGCGCUGUUUGACCGAGAUUACUGGGAUGGAUGUCAGGGAGGAGCUGUAGGCCGGCUGCAUAUACUCGGAACGGGGAUAGAUGCAAAAUGUUAUUUGAGUUGCCAUCUAGCUGAGGCGGUUUAUCAACAGAUACCAAAGAGGCUCCCAUUCUAGGUCAUCUGCCUCGUCGCUGUGUAAGAGCUGCAGGGGCGGUGAUCGCUGCCUUGUA